AGCUCCGGCAGCCCAGACACUAGCUGGCUGCCGCUGUCGCUGUUGCCGCCUCUGCCUUUGGGGAACGGGGCCCGGAGCAGGUCCUUGGGCCGUCGCCGCCGCCGCCAUGGGGAACCGCGUUUCGCGGGAAGACUUCGAGUGGGUCUACACCGACGAGCCGCACGCCACUCGGCGGAAGGAGAUCCUGGCAAAGUAUCCAGAGAUAAAAUCCUUGAUGAAACCUGAUCACAACUUGAUAUGGAUUAUCGUUAUGAUGGUUGUCACACAGUUGGUUGCAUUUUACUUAGUAAAGGAUUUGGACUGGAAAUGGGUCCUAUUUUGGGCAUAUGCCUUUGGCAGCUGCAUUAACCAUUCAAUGACUCUGGCCAUUCACGAAGUUUCCCACAAUAGCGCCUUUGGCCACUACAGAGCCAUGUGGAACCGUUGGUUUGGAAUGUUUGCUAACCUUCCUAUUGGUGUUCCAUACUCCAUUUCCUUUAAGAGGUAUCACAUGGAUCAUCAUCGAUACCUUGGAGGUGAUGGCAUUGAUGUGGAUAUUCCAACUGAUUUUGAAGGCUGGUUCUUCUGUACCACUUUCAGAAAGUUCAUAUGGGUUAUUCUUCAGCCUCUCUUUUAUGCUUUUCGACCUCUGUUCAUCAACCCCAAACCAAUUACUUACCUGGAAAUUAUCAAUACGGUGGUCCAGCUCACAUUUGACGUGAUCGUUUACUACGUUUUGGGAAUUAAAUCUUUAGUCUACAUGUUGGCAGCUUCCUUACUUGGUCUAGGUUUGCAUCCGAUUUCUGGACAUUUUAUAGCUGAACAUUACAUGUUCUUAAAGGGACAUGAAACGUACUCGUAUUACGGGCCUCUGAAUUUGCUUACCUUCAAUGUGGGGUACCACAACGAGCAUCACGACUUCCCCAACAUUCCCGGGAAGAACCUCCCGCUGGUGAGGAAAAUCGCAGCUGAGUACUAUGACAACCUGCCCCACUACAAUUCCUGGAUAAAAGUCCUAUAUGACUUUGUGAUGGAUGAUACAAUCAGUCCCUAUUCGAGGAUGAAGAGGCAUCAGAAAGGCAAAGUGGAACUGGACUAAAAGUCGUCCUGGUCAAAGGAAAUCCUGAGACUCCGCAGUAGCCGUUAAGGUGGAACGUUGGCAUUUUCCAGCAAAGGCCCGUGGUGUUUGGAAGCUGUGCUUGUACGGUUUCAGAGUGCAAGCCCCCGUGGCAUCCAGAAGCUAACCCGGCCACCACCACCCCCCCAAACCCCCUGCCGGCCUGUCUAUGCGGUGUUCAGCCGUCCUCACGGGAACCGCGGCCAUUGUGCCAUCCCUGUUGAGGAGGGUGUCUGGCAGUCUGUGAGCAUACCAUUGAAAAAGCUUUUACAAAGCUACUUCUCAUAUAUUAUUUUCACUAUAAAGUUGUACUUUAUUAAAAUAGCUAAUAAUCUGAGCAGUUAAUCACAAUAAAUAGUAUUUAUCACAUUUUUGUACUUUACUGUCUUUCUAUUAAUAUGCUAAUCAGGGUGCUGGGUGAGCUUACUUUAAAAUUUCACGGGGUAGGGGAAGAAAAAAAUGCCUGGAAAUACCUUUCACUGCAAGCUGAAUUACUCAUUUUUAAUUUUUACUGUUGUACAUGGGACCUAAAGUAGACACUGCUGAAUCCUGC